GGAAAGAAUAUCCUAAUUUAAUUUUUUUCCAAAUAAAUUAAAAUUGAAAUUAAAAAGAAAAUGCAAAGAACAGAAGGAGAGAGAGAUCUGUAAGAACCAAAAAUCAAUCUCCACAAACACACUCCUCUCCUUCUCUCCGAUCUGAUCGGACCUUUGUCCCUAAUCAAUUUUUAGGGUUUUGUAUUUUCAUAUUCAAAUACAUAUAUAUAUAUAUAUUUCAAUUUUCAAUAUAUAUUUGUUUUGUUUCAAAUAUACCGACCGUUUGAUCAUCGAAUUCCGUCGCCAUUCGCGGAUUUUUUUUUUUGGAUUUGAAGUGUUGCGCUAGGGUUUUUGGUGCUAAUCACUGGGAGAAACAUUGUGGAUUCUGAUUAGAGUUGUGAAGUUGAAUGGAAUUUUGUUUGUGCAGUGAAUUUGGUUAAAUUGUAUUUGAGCUUUGGGAUCUUCAUCUUGUUUUGGGUUUUCGAUGGCUUCGGCUCAGGUAUUGACCAACUCGGUGAGUUCUUCAUCGAAGAAGCAAGGCCAUUUGGAAGCUGGAAAACGUCGGCUUGAAGAGUUCCGGAAGAAAAAAGCAGCUGAGCGUGCUAAGAAGACUUCAUCAACCAGCCAGAACCAGAAGUCUGAACUCAAUUUAAAUGAAAAACAACCUUUAGAAACUGAACAUGAACGAGCUACAUAUUCAAGUGGAGCUGGUACAUCAGAUGGACAUGGCAACACUGUUACUGAAACUGCAUCUGUAGUAUUAAACCAUAAUGAAAAUUUAAUUGAUUCUUUCCAGAAAAGUGAGCAAGUUUCUUUAAAUGCCAGCCACAGUAAUCAGUUUUUAUCUAAUGAUUAUAGUUCGCUGUCUUUAGAUCAGACCCUAAAGCACACAAGUAAUGAAGAAUCUAAGAGAUAUGGUGAUUUAGGUUUUGGUGGACCUCUAGAUGUCGAUCAAAGUCAUGGUAAAAAGGGGAACAGUAAUGACCUGGAGAAUUAUACUGGAGGCUUAGUUAGAUUUCCAUAUGGGACACCUGGCCAGUCCAUUCCUUUACACUCACAAGGCAGUCAAGGUUUUGAAAGCAGUAUUAGUCAACUUGGUUUCCAUCAGAGUGAGGAAUCCCACUCGAAAGAAAAGUUGUCAGAGGAUUAUGCAAUUUCAAAUACUGGUUCUUCUCGUGUUUCUGUUUCAAGUCAAAAUUCUAUUGGCACGGUACAGCAAAGUGAACCUAGUAAUGUUGUUGGCUCUAAAUCUUCUUCCCUGUAUGAAGACCUGAUUCGACCAACCACAAACAGAGCUGAAUUUGGACACAACAUGUUUGAUAGUGGGACCUUCAGGGAUACCCUAUUUCCCAAAUCAGGCAAAGAAAACAUUAGUAGCUCUGUUAUUGGUUUAUCUGGUAUGGACAAUGGGGCUGGCCAGACAUUUGGUGCGAGCUUUCAAUCUGAUUUUCGAAGUUCUCCCAAUCAUGUACCACUUUACCCGGUGACAAAUGAAGCUAGUUCAAGACGAUCUCGCCCUUCCUUUCUUGAUAAUCUUAACUUUCCUAGAGCAUCUUCUGGAACUCAUUUGGAACAAGAUGAACAUAUUAAAGAUUCAUUUAAUUCCAACAGUUUGAAAUCGAAAAGCAUGGAUAUCCUAGAAUCUUCUCCUUUUGAUAAGCCAUCCAUUUAUUCUGAAAGUUUAGGUCAACUUUCAAAGCUUGACUCCCAUAGCAAUUCAUAUGCAUUUGAAUCUUCAAUGAGUUCAGUUUCUGAUAGUAUUGUGAGUGACCUGCCAAAACCAUCUGUAUAUGAAAAUGGCAUGGAGAGGAAACAUGAUUUUUACUUACCAAAGCAGAAUGAAGACUUUACAGCUCUGGAACAGCAUAUUGAGGAUUUGACGCAAGAAAAAUUCUCCUUGCAACGUGCACUUGAUUCCUCCCGCACUUUAGCAGAGUCAUUGGCUUCUGAAAAUUCAUCUCUUACAGACACGUAUAACCAACAGAGAGGUGUUGUUGAUCAACUAAAAUCUGACAUGGAAAAGUUACAGGCAGAAAUCAAGGCCCAAUUGAUGGAACUUGAGGCUGUUAGAAAUGAAUAUACAAAUGCACAACUAGAAUGUAAUGCCGCUGAUGAACGCUCUAAGUUACUGGCUUCAGAAGUAAUCAGCUUAGAGGAGAAGGCACUUAGAUUGAGAUCUAGUGAGCUAAAGCUUGAGAGGCAAUUGGAGAACUCACAAGCUGAAAUCUCUUCGUACAAGAAGAAAUUGUCUACCAUAGAGAGGGAUCGUAUGGACUUGCAGUCAACUAUUGAGGCUCUUCAAGAAGAGAAAAAGCUGUUGCAGUCUAAGUUACGCAAAGCUUCCACUAGUGGAAAAUCCGUUGAUAUUACCCAAAGUACUCAUAAAAAAGAUGAAUCUACUUCUACCGAAGAUUUAGAAAAUGAAAAUACCAAUACCAAUACCUCGGGUCCGGUAGUGCAGGAUACACCUUUUAUUGGAAUUGAUGCCUCCAGUUCUUCGAUGUUGCCUGACAAUAAUUAUUCAAAUAUACCUUCUGAUCAGAUGAGAAUGAUUCAAAACAUUAAUGCAUUAAUUGCAGAGUUAGCUAUGGAGAAGGAAGAGUUGGUUCAAACUUUGUUGUCCGAGUCGUCUCAAUGUUCGCAGUUGAAGGAGUUGAACUAUGAGUUGACCCGAAAACUUGAAGCACAGACUCAAAGAUUAGAGUUUUUAACUGCUCGAAGUAUGGCUAAUGAGAAUAUACCUGCAAGACAACCUAAUUCUCAGGAUGUUCGCGAGAACAUUCAAUACGCCGAUGAAGGUGACGAGGUGGUAGAGAGAGUGUUGGGAUGGAUUAUGAAGCUGUUUCCGGGAGGACCGUCGAAACGAAGAACCAGCAAGCUCAUUUGAGUGUCAAAGAGUCAAAGUACUACAGUUUUGGAGUUUCAACUACUCUGCAAUUGAGAGAUAGUAAAAUGAAAUAUGUGUAUAUUGUGAUCCCAUUCUUUUUUCCAAUAGAAAGAAAGAAAGAAAGAAAAUGAGGUUGUUUUUUUUGAGAGAGAGACAUAUUAUUAUUCCCCUUUUGUUGGUUAAUCUCACGUGUCAUUUGUUUUUAACUAUGAACAAUAAAGAAAUUGCUUUAUUGACA